AUGGAGAAGCUGGGGGAGGGCGCCUUUGGGAAAGUGGUGCACGUCGUGAAGAAGAGCACCGGGAGACAUUACGCCAUGAAGAUCCAGCACAAGACGGAGCUGCUGAGAAGCUUCGCGCGAAGUCUAUCGCGCCUCGACAACGAGAAGAUGGUCUUCCAGGCGUGCAACCAUCCGUUCGUGCUUCAGAUGGACUAUGCCUUCCAGACCGAGCUGCACGCAAUUAUCGUGCUUAACCUUGUCACCACGGGAAACCUCCAGGAUGCGAUCGAUUCCUCCCCGAAGAAACGUUUGAACGAACCCCGGGCGAGGUUCUAUGCCGCGGAGAUUGUAUUAGCCCUGAUACAUCUGCACGACAUGGGGCUCAUAGAUUUGAAACCCCGGAAUGUGAUGUUGGGGAUGGACGGGCACAUCCAGCUGGCGGAUAUGGGCGGCGUUGGGGAUUGCAUCGGGGAUAUGUCGGCAAGAAAAAUUCGAAAGCACGGGACGACGGUGAAGCGACGGGAAACCCUGAUGAACUUCAAGAGGAGGAGCAUCAUGGGCACCAAGGGGUACAUGGCCCCAGAGAUGGCCAAGCUUCUAAACCAGGCGAGUGAAAGCAACGAUCAGCGUCAGGGGUACAACGAGGCGGUGGACUGGUGGUCACUGGGGGUCACCGUCUACAAGAUGCUUACGGGGGCGCGGCCUUUCGACCCCCCCCCUUGGGCGCGCAAGCAGUCCGUCAUCGCCAUGCUUCGGAGACAAACGGAGUUCGAGAAGCUGCAGGCCGAGGUGGAGUAUCCGCGUUACAUGUCUGAGGCUGCAGUGUCCUUCGUGUCCGCACUUUUGCGACACGACGUUCACGAGCGACUGGGAUCUGGACCCAACGGCAAGGAGGGUAUCAAGUCUCACGCCUUCAUGGCGGGAUAG